AUGAAAGGUUUGGGCGCUGGCGGCCCGCCCGGGGGCUACGGAAGCAAUGGCGGGGCUUUUGGGUCUUCCGCUGCUUUCGGUUCUUCCAUUUCUGGCGGCGGUGUCUUGGGCGGCGUCCUGAGCUCCGUUAGGAAAGUGGAGGUGACCCGCGAACUCGUUUGCAAAGGCACGAUUUCCGCUAGCGUCGGAAUUGCUAUGGGUAUCAUUGCGUCCCUGAUAGUGAACUGCACGCUGGUGGAGAUUUCUAUGUCUUCGUUCUUUUCGUUUUACUUUGGGCUUCUGUUUGUGACGGUGGGAAGCGUCAUCCUGUGGCGCAUCCAGGUGACAAGCAAAAUGGCUUCUGAUAUCUCUGCGGGGGAGAGCGACCAGCCUCGUAAGAUGCAGCUCCAGUUUUUUGCAGCUUUGAUCAUUGUGUCGGGAAUUCUCUGCUUCGUUCUGAAAAAGAAUUGGUUCGUCGGUCUGCAUCCGCUCAUCAAAGUUCCCCUCUACACGCUGCUUGGCAUUUCCGUCGCGUUUGCACUCACCUUUUCGCUCGUAGACAUGGUCAACUACCUUCUUGGCUUCUUUCAGUCCGCCGUCGCGAAACCGCUGGUCGAGUCGAAGGACCAAGUGAACCUGGUUCUGUUUAUUGCUCUCUUGAUGGGGGGCUUGUUCGGAUUCAUUUUCGGGAUUCUCGACGUCGAAGACGAGGUUCAGUACCACGUGCGACUCGCCCUGCUCCGAGAACAACACCUCUGCUACCCCAUUGGCGCGGUUCUUGGAGGCCUCGCCGGUCUGGGCAAUGAGAUUCUGCGCCAAGCCGAUGAAGCAAAAAUCAGGAAACUCGCGACAGAGUUCGACGAGGAAAUCUAG